GGCCGCCCCGGGGCUGCUCUGAGCCUUCGCCUCGUCUCGCCUUUCGCCUGCAGCCAGGCCGGAGUGAGCCGCAGCGUGGCCGUGGUAACCGCGUACCUGAUGAAGAGCCAGGGACUCGGCUGGGAGGAAGCCUACGCCGCCGUCAGGGCCGCCAAACCCGACGCCGAGGUGAAUCCGGGCUUCCAGAGGCAGCUGAAGCUCUACGAGGCCAUGGGCUGUGCCGUGGACAGCAGCAGCGCCCUGUACAAGCAGCAUCGCCUGCAGGUGCUCACGGAGAGGUUCUCCGAACUUCAAGACUUACCCCAAGAAGUCUUUGCUGUUGAUCCAACCAAUGCACAUCAGACUCCAAACACAGAAGUUCUCUACAGAUGCAGGAAAUGCAGGCGCGCUCUGUUCCGUAGUUCCAGCAUUUUGUCCCACGUGGAAGGAAGUGGACCAACAGCCUUUGCUCACAAGAGAAUAACAGAGUCUAUGCAUCUUCGUGGCAGUGGCCCUGAUAAGUGCACCUCUUACUUCAUUGAGCCUGUGCAGUGGAUGGAGCCAGCACUGCUAGGAGUAACGGAAGGACAGCUUUUGUGUCCCAAAUGCACGUCUAAGCUGGGUUCCUUUAGCUGGUGGGGUGAGCAGUGUUCUUGCGGCCACUGGGUGACCCCUGCCUUCCAGAUACACAAAAGUCGAGUGGAUGAAGCGAGAACUCUGUCAGUUGCUAACUUCCACACUACCAAAACUUGAACUCAUAGCCUCUUUCAAUGGAUCUCUAACUGACCACAGAGAAAUCCUAACUACUGUGGGUUUGCCAGGACAGAGGUUGAGAAUUCCAUCCCUUUGUAAACAGAGGAAUUACUUGAGCGCCUGAUCUAUUUCUGCUUUCAGUAUAUCUAAAAUACAGGAUGUAUACAUUCAUAUAUAUGUGUGUGUAUGUAUGUAUAUAUAUAUGCACAUUUACAUAUAAAAUAAAUGCAUGUAUAUAAGAAGAGUAAAGCAUGUCCAUCAAAGAUGUGUUAAGCAGUGGUCAAAGAUGUACAAAAGUGCCUGAACAUGAUGUUGAUAGCAACAGACUGAAUAAAAAUGUUAUUUACAAA